CUGGACUUUGACACCUAAAACAUUUUUAUCUAUUUAACACACUUUCAUAUUGGUGAAUUUUAUCAUUUGUCAGGUUUUUCAAUGGUUACUUUCAGAGACUCCAUUCAAAUGCAUUCGAAAUGCAUUUGAAUGCUUAUUUAUGAAAACAGGACUGAAGAUUCAGGUUACAAUUUGGGACGUCAUUCAUUUUUGUGCGACCGGAAGUGAUGUAAUCUCAUAAAAGGCAGAUUUAUACGUGUUUAGUGGCGUAGGGAUUGGUUGCGGAUCUCAUCUCCGUCGGCACUAAUUGGAAGCACCCGGCACACAGGAUUAUUUCAGCAGAACUUCAUGUAGAGACGAUGAUGUCUUGAGAAAUCUGUGAAAGAAGAUUAAGUCAACCACAAUGGACUAUCAACGUAAAAAGAAACUGACGUUCGCCACCAUUGGACUCAUUUUUCUAUUUAGCGGUGUGGAAUAUGCUGUUAUAUUACCCACAAUAUGGAGGUAUCUGCAGACUUUAGAGGCACCCACUUAUUUCCUGGGUUUGGCCCUGUCAGCCUUCAGCCUGAGUGGGCUCUUGUCUGGACCGCUGUUUGGAUACUGGUCUGACCGGACACGGACAACAAAGACAAUCAUUUUGCUUUGCAACAUUUUUGAGAUAAUUGGUAAUUUUAUGUACUUCAUGGGCUACUCCAAGUGGGUUUUACUGUCAAGUAGACUGCUAGCUGGUAUUGGUACAGGUGCUGGCUCAUCAAUUUUUGGCUUCCUGACCAGAAGCACUGCUUCGGAGGACCGGGCCACUGUAUUUGCUGCUGUCAUGGCUUGUAGACAGGCUGGCCUUCUAAUUGGUCCUGCAUUCAACAUCUUUCUGAGACUCUGUGACUUCCACAUUGGUCCUUUUAUUGUCAACAAAUAUACUGCACCAGGGCUGUUUAUGUGUCUGUUGUGGAUUCUACUUCAACUGACUGUGAUCUUCAUGUACUGGGACUUGCCACCUACGGAAAGAAGGCAGACCGAUAGCAGUUCAAAACGCCAUGAAGAAGAGAACGUUCAUGGCCUUAGCGAAGACAACAACGACGAAGUCGUCGAGGAGGAGGUCAUGCCACUAAUGACCUCCCAGGAGCUUGUGGGCUCCUACGGCUCUGUGACGACAUCCAGCCAGUGCAAAAGUCACAAAUCAGAUGAAUCAAGCAACUCGCCCAGUCACAGUAAUUCACCGCUUGAAUCUCCUGUGGCAACGCCAACUGAUGAUCUUCACAGUUCUCUCAGUGAUUCCAGCACAUGCAAAGAGUUCCUGAGAGAAGAAGUGGUUGUGCUGUUGGCUGCCCAGUUCAUCACCCUUUUCAAUCAGACUGCGCUGGAGACUAUGGUGACACCAUUAACCCAGAAAUAUUUCGACUUUAAAGAGCUGGAAAACAGUGUGAUGUACUGCCUCGGAGGUGUGGUGGUGAUAGCCGGCUUCCUGCUCGUGCACUGGCUAAGCCGGCACGUCACAGAGCGGGUGGUCUUCGCCAUUGGUUUGACCUUUUGCAACAUCUCCUGCAUCUGGUGCCUCAUCUUUUUCGCUAAUCCGUUUGGUAGUUUUGCAUGGCAGCUGACCGAGUUCAUCAUUGGGGUUUUUCUGCAGGCCCUGGGUUUACCCUUUGUAGCUGUGGCCCAGGUUUCCCUCUUCUCCAAAGUCACAUCAGAGAGAACCCAAGGUUUCAGUCAGGGAGUGCGUCGCUCAGUUGGGGGUCUAGCCACCAUCCUGGGGCCUCUGUGGGGAGGCGGUCUGACUGAAAACAUGUACAUAAUGGUGGGCGUAAUGGUGGCACUUCUGAUCUUGCUUACGAUUAUGCUGGCUUUCUCAUAUAACCGGCUGGUGGAGCCAGCUGAAGGUUCGGAGCACGCGGAAGGUUCGGAGCACGCGGAAAGUCCAGCGCCCAUGGAAGAUUCGGCGACCGCGGAAGGUCCGGCGCCCAUGGAAGAUUCGGAGCCCAGUUGCAGUACCUGAAACUGUUGCAGCAUUUGCAAGAUUUUUUUCAUUUUUUAUUUUUUUUUUUCCCCCCAUUUUCAUAUCAGAACAUGGUACAAGUAUCUUGUCCAGCAUCUUUCCUCUGGGUUGGGACCAGUUCACAAGGUGACAACAUCUUGUUAAAAAAGCAGCUCACCAACUGAAACCUGGAUUUUAGUGGCUGUCCGUUUGAAGAGGUAUAAUUGUAACUACUUGAUUAAAUGUUUAUUUUUGUACAUUUUAUUAAAUUAUAAAUAGUUUUCCAAUUAGUAUCUUACUGGCUGAAAUAAAUUAAACACUAACCUGUGCAAUGUGCAUCAUUUUUAGACACUUGUUCUGGUGGGUAAAUACACAGGAAGCAAUACUAACAAAUUGUAUGUACUAAAUUUAAAUACUCCUGUUUUUUAUUUUUGUCUUCGAACCACAGUUGAUGUCAAAUUUGGAGUAUACUUUGUGUAUGGUUGAUUUAUACUCUCUGCCAUUAUUGGAAAAGUGUUAUUUUUUUUGUCACCAAUAUUACAUGUCUGUAAUUCUUUUUUUUUUUUUUUUUUUUUUUUCUCCCCUCCUGAUUAGAAUGUUCUGAAUAAAACUUUUACACUUUAAGUACA